GAACGUGAUGUUGAGUUGGUAUUGGGUUUUCCACGUGGCCAGACUGAGAUGGUGAAGCGGGAUAGGGUGCAUAUUAGUAACCUGUUAAAACAUUGGAGGGGGUUGUUUGGGCGGGUGAGACAUACGGUUACUGCGUCCCUGAUUGCAGACGAGGUUAGGGCCGAGGUUGAUGGGGGCGACUGGUUCAAGAGACACUUCGCUAUGUUGGUGGUCUCCACGUUGGUGUCGUGUAUGACCAACAGGUAUGCCAAUCAGAUGUAUUUUGAUUGUUUUGAUGAUGUCUUGCGCAUCCAUGAGUUAAAUUGGUGCAAGCUUCUUUUGGAUUCGUUGGUGGAAACUCAUGAUGCCUGGAAAUCUGGUCGCCAUCGAUGCUUUGUUGGGCCUGCAGAGUUUGUCGCGUUGUUUUAUGUUGACCGCGUUGUGCCUUUUGAGCGUUCUGUGCCACGGUUGGUGCCUUCACUUGUGGGGUGGACAACUGAGUUGCUUUCUGCUCGUGAGCCUGCAGAGAUUAGUGCGGGUGGCUUUGGGAGGGGGGUUGUUGAGCCUCCUAUUCUUGGUGUUAAUGUUGAUGGUGAUGGUGCUCAGUAUGGUCCUAAGACGUUUGAAUGUGUGGUCGGUGAGGAGUUUGCUCUUCUAUCUAGUUCUGUUGUUACUUUGUCUGAGCUCGUUAGGAUGGUACGUGGUCGGAAUGUGGGGUUUGAGCUUUGUCAACGAAUGUAUGCAACUAUUCAGCCCAAGUUGCGUGAUUUAGAGCAGGAUUUGCGGACAAUUUCUGAGCCUGAUUGCUUGGAUGAUAAUCCGUCUUUCAGCCUUGGAUUAACCCAACUUUUUGGGAAGGAUGGUUUGCAUGGUAGGUACUCGGAUACGAUUGCGGCCGUUGUUACCAGCAUAAAUUCCGAGCAUGCCACAUCUUCAGAGCGUGGUCGGGUUUCUAUUAUGGAUGCGGAGUUUGCUAAUGAGCCCCCUCAAGACUGUGGUGUUGGAGGUUCGGUAAUUGCGGCUGGGGUGGUGGAUGAUUCUAAUAAAGGCAAUGCAUCUGCUGUUGAGAUUGGUGGGUCAGGUUCGGGUGUUUGCCCUACCUCGGUGGGACUUGUAUUUUCUACCCCGGUUAAGGAGUUUGUUAAUGAGCCCCUUUAAGAUUGUGGCGUGGGAGAUUCGGGAGUUGUGCCUGGGGUGGUGGAUGAUGCUAAUAAAGGCAAUUGCUCUGCUGUUGAGGUUGGUGGUUCAGGUUUGGGUGUUUGCCCUACUUCAGCAGGCCUUGCAUUUUCUACCCCGGUUGAGGAGUUUUUAAAUGUUGGUGUGGUUCGUGAGGCAGCACUUUCCGAGGGCCCGGGUUGUGCGGUCCCGGUUCAUCAACGCAGUAACCGUAUGUCUCACCCGCCCAAACAACCCCCUCCAAUGUUUUAACAGGUUACUAAUAUGCACCCUAUCCCGCUUCACCAUCUCAGUCUGGCCACGUGGAAAACCCAAUACCAACUCAACAUCACGUUCAAAAACAGGCAAGGACCUUCCACCACCCAAGUCAAACGUCCUCGACCGACCAUCAAACUUAGUUAAUAUCCAAUGCAACAAACGGGGAGGGCACUCGGUGACUUGGAAAUCCAACAAAGACCCAAACCCCAAACUCCUAAUAGCAUCCUUCUGCCGCGUUGACAGGUCCACUAGCGCAUCAACAAGCACACUAGCCUGUGCCCGAAUCUUAACAGCAGGCAAAUCGGAAUUAGAUUGGACAGAUUGGAGUUUUUUGCUUUGGGGCUGCUUUUGUCUAAACUAAACAUGUUGUAAUCUCACCUUUCAAAAUAGUCAAUAGAUACAUUACUUUAGCUAUUUAUUAUAGUUAGUUUCUUUGCCUUAGUCUUUACAAAGUUGUAUGAAACAUUUCAUUUUGGUAGUGAUGAUGAAUUGUUUCAUAC